GCAAGCAGGAGUUUGAGAGACUGACCAGAGAAAGGUAUUUGUGAACUGAGCUCAGAAUGAGAGUCCCAGUGAAGCUCCUCGGCUUCGGCUUGUGGUGGUUUUUCUUAAAUUGUGCCCGAUGUCAAGCGAGUGUGCAUUGUGGCAUUCCUCCAUAUGUGGAAAAUGCAAUCAUAACAUCUAAACCUGAAGAAUCUUAUCCUGAUGGAUCUAGCAUAACAUACCUAUGUCGAAAAUCAUACUUCAUCAGUGGAGAAAGUAUGGUUACCUGUCGCAAUGGAAGAUGGGAAAAAAUACCAACAUGUCAAGCGAGUGUGCAUUGUGGCAUUCCUCCAUAUGUGGAAAAUGCAAUCAUAACAUCUAAACCUGAAGAAUCUUAUCCUGAUGGAUCUAACUUAACAUACCUAUGUCGAAAAUCAUACUUCAUCAGUGGAGAAAGUAUGGUUACCUGUCGCAAUGGAAGAUGGGGAAAAAUACCAACGUGUCAAGAUUGCUCAGCAGAAAUAAACACUGGGUCUUUUUUGUCACGUAUUGUGGGUGGUAAGGAGGCUGCGAAGGGUCAGUGGGUUUGGCAGGCCAGUUUACAAUAUCAGCACCAACACUUGUGUGGAGGAGUCAUCAUCAGUCCUCGCUGGGUCAUCACUGCUGCCCACUGCUUCAUUGAAAAUGGCACGAAGCCAGAGUCGGAUUGGUCCGUGGUGGUUGAUACCGUGGACAUCUCGGAUCCGUUUCAGGGAAAACGCUACCACACACUUCAGAUACACCAGCACCCACAAUUCUCAGAGAAAACACUCGAGUACGACCUGUGUCUGCUGCGCACACAGACAGAGAUGGAGAUAGGAGACGGCGUUAGACCCGUGUGUUUGCCCCGUCUGACAGAUUCGUUCCCUUCGGGAUCGUCCUGCUGGGUGACUGGCUGGGGUCACACAAAGGAAGGAGGGUCUGUGAUGUCACACCUGAGACAGGCUUCGAUUCAGCUGAUCAAUCAGACCGUCUGCUCACAGCCCACAGUGUACGGCUCAUGGCUCACUCCCAGAAUGCUCUGCGCCGGUGUUUUGGGGGGAGGAGUGGACUCCUGUCAGGCAGACAGCGGGGGUCCUCUGGUGUGUCAGACUGAAGCGGGUGACUGGCGAUUGGCUGGUGUGGUGAGUUGGGGUAUAGGAUGUGGACGAGUCAAUAAACCUGGUGUUUACAGCAGAAUCACUUCACUGCUGCAGUGGAUUCAUCAAACCAUCAGUGUAAACACACACCACAUCACAGAGAGUGUUACGGGUUCAGAUUUAACUCAAUAAACCACAUCCGCCGGCUGGUUAGCACCAUCAAAACAAGCAAAAUAAUAUUAACAGGGUUGUCAAAAUAGCUGAAAAACUAAAUUCGAACUAAUAAUUACUUAAAUAUGAUCAAUAUUCCAAUUAUAUUAAAAUUGAUAUUAAUUUUAGUUAGGGUGGAAAAAAGCUUUUGUCUUCUUUCCUGAGGCCACAAGAGGGCGAAUCGAGCGAAAUAUUACAAGAGCACGUUUAGUCAAAGAAAUAAAAUAACAUGACUAUCUUUGAAAAAAGUGCAUAAUGUUUAAAUUAAUG